AUGCCUAAAUUCCUUGAUUAUUUCAAGAACCAUGGUUCUCAUAAAUUUUCAUUCCAAAUUAUGACAGUUAUCUCAGUAUUCUGUUUUAUACUCUCUCUUAUUGCAUUUAUAUAUCAAUUUGUAUUCUUUGGAGAGUCAGAUAUAGAUAAGGGACUUUAUAUGAAUUUAACUUCAUCACCAAUGAAUGGUACUUGUUCUUCUGAACCAUUUGAUUCAAAUACUCCACUUGAUUUUACAUAUAAAACAGAACAAGGAGAAUAUAGUUUUACUUGUAUGUAUCCAUUAUUUUUCCAAGUUAUUGCACAUCUUGCAGUAAUCUUUUUAGUUACAACUCUUUCAGUAGGGUCAUAUGUUUUUGGUUUAAUACUUGUUCAACAAAAAGGAUUAAUUUUUGAUAUUGGAUAUGGUAUUGCAUCAAUUGGAAUGGCAAUUGUUGGUGUUACAGAAGUUUGUUUAGCAAUUAGUUCAAAUAAUUUUUGUAAAAAUGACUUGUUAAGUCAAGUUGAUUUUUCAUUAAGUCAAAUACAACCUACAGGAAUUACCUGUCAUUUCCAACAUUAUAUCGCAUUUGGAAUAUAUCAGGUAAUUAUUGGUGUUAUUACAUUCCUCCAUUCUAUUUCAGUUGGAUAUUUCUAUAUGCGUUAUCGUAAACAAAAAGUUGAAGAAAGAAAACAAAAUGCUAAACCAUAUGAAGACCUUAAAUUUGAUGAUUAUGGUAAAGUUGUUAGUAAAAACUUUGAUGAAGAUGGAAGCCAACCAAUUGAACUUACUCAACCACUUGGUUCUCAUGUAGGUACUGAAGAAACACCUGCAAAUGAUUCUAGAACAGAACAUGCUAUUUUAGCUGAUUAACUC